AUGGCUCCGCCUCCUCCAAUCGUUGUCUACGUCUUGGGCGGUUGGGAUUUGGGUAUUUGCGGGGAUCUCCUCCUCCAGGGUGUCAUUUUCGCGCAAAUAUCGCACUACUUCAGUCUCUACCACUCGGAUGUGCCAGCGCUUCGCAUGUUUGUCCUUGGUCUCCUGCUCCUCACAACGCUCAAGUCGAUGCAAAUGAUUGCUGUUAUGUGGGUGCAAAAUGUCGUCUACUUCACCAAAAUCGCCCCAGCAGCGAGGAUGUUCCUUGCUCACUGGACUGAACAAAUCAGCCUGGGCUUGGGCGCAUGCGUGCAUUUUUACGUUCAACUGUUUCUCGUCCACCGUCUUUGGGUCCUUAGUAAAAACCUUUACAUCGUCGCUACGCUAUUGGUGGUCUUUAGCUUUGCGUGGGUUGCGUCUUUGGUGGCGAUGGUCUUCUCUUUCCAUAACGUCGAUUCGCCACUGCGAGGCAUAUGGAUUUCGAUCCACAUUGGCAUUGUGUUCGGUGGAGACGUUCUUCUUUGUUUCUCGACGGCGUACUUCCUUUUGAAACACUCCAAACAAGUCCUGCCCCAGACUGCAGGAAUGCUCAAUGCAAUCCUCAGACUCACCUUUCAGUCCGCCGCGCCGGGUGCCGUCUGUGCGAUGAUGAACCUCAUAACCUCGCGAACUUCAGUCAAUCCAAGCAAUCCAUUCAACGUCUCCCUGAUGCUUUCCAUCAUCACGACUGAUAUCCUCCCCAAAAUAUAUGCCGUCAGUGCCAUGUAUACCUUGAACUCUCGGCGCGCAAUACGCCUGGCCGGUUCGUCGGGCCAUGACACUAGUAGCAACGAAGGGCCAAGUGGGGGGAGGAGAACGGGUCCGAGUGGUGGACGGGGCGUCGAACUGGGGACAUUUGGGGGGGUCCAACGAAUCCAAGUUCGCACACAGGUGCAAACUACCCACCAUACAGAUGAGGAUGGUGUCAUGUUUGGACAAGACGAUACCGAUAGGAAGGCCCGGGGAAUGGAAGAGGCUAGUCUCGAAACAGAUAAGAGAGGUUUACGUUGA